AUGAGGGCUGUGAGGCUCCGUCAAAUCGAGUUCGCCGCGCGCGGAAACCUGUCUCUUGCUAUCCAUGCAGGCAUCGAAAGUGGGCACUCACAUUGGCCUGCCCAGACCUUCAAGACUAAGAAGCCCCCUCCUAGGUUGAAAUGCGACCGAAAUCUUCCUGCGUGCGGAAGUUGUCUGCGUCGCGGUGAGCUCGUCGCUUGCACCUAUGCUAGCAGACAACCCAAUCUCCGCGACUGUCCACAAUCGAGUACGAGAGAUCCUGAACAGCUCCAGAGAAAGAUUGAUCGGCUAGAGCGGCUUAUCGUUGAGUUUGUUGAGAACCCUCGCGGUAACAGCGCCGGCUCUGGUAUAGCCUGUGUCCAGACAGAUCGACUUGACGGAUCCGCUCUUCGGGUCAUAGCCCCUCGUGUUCACCAUGGAGAUAUCGACCUGACAAUCCAUGCCGGGCAGGAGACUGUGGUCGAACCGGACCCCGUUUCAGUAAGAACUUUGAAGAUCGACGGACAUCACCCAAAGUCGCUGUCAAUCGAUGAGGCUCAUUGGGCCCGUCUAUUGAACGAGAUUGCUGAAGUCCGCGGUCACGUCCAAACCCAGCAAAAGAAAUAUGACGAGCAGCUGCAAAGGAUAUCUAUGCUCAUGGGUCGUACAUCCUAUGAUCCCGGACCGGCUCUGCUUUUCGGUUCAUCGAGGACGGCGAGCAGGUCUGAGAUAGUCUCGCAACUACCCUCGAAAUACUUCUGUGACCUCAUGGUCGAUCGGUAUUUCUCCACGCUAGACCCGGGGCUCUACAUUCUCCAUCAACCGACUUUCCGUGAGCAGUACGAGGCAUACUGGGCGGACCCAGGCGGUCAAACGUCCAUCGUCUGGAUCGCGCUCUUGUUCGCAGUGUUGAGAGUGGCGAUGAAUGACUGGAUCCGCGAAGGCGAUGAGCCCAUCGAAUACUCUGGAAAGUGCCACGAUAUGGGACUUACCUUUCGGAAACGUCUCACUGAUUGUUUGCUUCUGGCCGACUAUACCCGACCUCAUGAAUAUCUCAUAGAGGCCCUGAUACUUCAUCUAUAUUCAGAAUACACCGUUAGCCGCGAUUCCAAGUCGACGACGUGGGUUCUGACUGGGAUGAUAUCACGAUUAGCCAUGAGGAUGGGCUAUCAUCAGGAGAACCAGCCGUCCUUGCCAAUGACUCCUUUCCAUACAGAGAUGAGGCGUCGCUCGUGGGCUUUUGUCCGACAGGCUGAUCUACUCUUCUCGUUCCAAGCCGGGCUGCCCUCGAUGGUCAAGACUAAAGGCUUCGAAAAAAGUCUCCCGCUCAACAUCUACGAUGACCACAGGUUCCACAGGGGGUGCGAAGUCGUACCGCCUCCCGUCGCGGACACGGAGCCUACACCUGUAUCGUAUCUUCUCUCAAAGACACGUCUCGCAUUUGGGUUUGCACGGGCGCUCAAGGAGAUGAACAGGGACGAGCAUCCGUCGUACGGACGUGUCUUUGAAAUCGACCAGAGGCUUCGAAGCCUCUACGACAAGGUACCCGACUUCUACAAGAUCCACGCCAUUGCCGAGCAAGCCGCCGACCCGUUGCAGGUGGUAUUUUCUCGCUACGUCCUGGCAAAUCUGCAUUACAAGUCCCUCUGCGUGGUGCACAGCAGGUACCUCGAAGUGGCGAGAUCGAGCGGCACGUACGCCUACUCGAGACGCGUAUGCUUGGAAUCCGCCAUGACGAUGCUCAGGUUCCAGGCCAUACAGAAUGAAGAGAUCUUGGUCGGGGGCAGGAGGAGGUCGUUGACAGACUACCAGACCUCGCUGACGAUCCACGACUUCCUCCUCGCAGCGACGGUCGUCAGCACGGAACUAUGCAUAACGCUACGCCGAGGCCGGGGCGAAGAGCGCGGCCUGGACGGGCCGACCACUGCGGAAAUGCUGAAGGCGCUCGACUCCAGCGCAAAUAUAUUCAGCCAGAGUCGCGAUAAGAGUAUCGAAGCUUACAAGGCCGGUGAUAUUCUAGGUAUGAUCUUGAAAAAGUUUCAAUCUCCUCUCCCCUUGUCUGUGUCUAUGCCCAUGCAUCUUUGGACCGACGGUACUACGGCCGGUGCUGGUGCUGGUGCUGGUGCUGGUAGCUCACCGACGUCAAGGUCGGAGGAGGGAGACACUGCAGUCGUCGACAUCAACGAGGCUAUUAUGGUCGGCGACGACGCGGCGGAGUCUGUCGGACAAGGUCCAGGCGGUGGAGAUGGGGUAGUCGACGCUCCGAGACGGAGUUUUGUCCCUCGUCGUCUCGACGGGCACUGGCGAGUCGACAACGCCCUGUGUGGUCCGAAACCGACGUCUGACGAGUGGCCGCCACUCUCGGGUGAAGACGACGCAGCACGCCACCAUCCACCAGAGAGCUCCUCUGCGCCACCAUGGCGGAGACAUGCGCACGCUUCUAGUGCUCCUCCUACUUCUGCAGCCCUGGACAAUGGCGGGUUGCGAGGCUUAUUUUACCCCUCGAUGCUCGAUCUCAGCGACCCGGUCUCGACGUUGUGGAGUCUGUCCGCCGGGCCAUCGAACAGGGGUUAUGGGGACCGGCCAAGGUAG